AUGUCAGCAAGUAAAAACACUCUAGUGCUUUGUGUUAUUCUCCAUCUCUUGUUGACACUUGUCAACUGCCAAUGGCCACAACAAAAAUUUGAUGAGUUCAGAACAAACAAAUUUAAUUUUCGCAAAUCGCAUGCAAAUUGGGAGAAUGCCAAUAUUUGUGCUGGUUGUGGUGAUGUUUAUUUUGGCGAUUUCAAGCAAUCACUUGUGUUUUCUUCCAAGCAAGGAAAGGCCUUUAGUUUAGUUUCUGAUAUGAAAAAUGCUGUUAAAAUAGUUCAGGUUGAUUUACAAACUGGUCUUUCAACUAGAAUCACUGAAUUUCCAGGGUUACCUGCAUCCGUAUCCGCAUCAGAGUUAACACAAUCUAUUUUGACAUCUUCUGAAGUAUAUGUCAAUGUUUUGACACUCAAUUACACAUUCCCAAUUAUUGUAAAGUUUGACACUUUGAAUAAUUUCAAAGCUGAAUUCAGAGUUUUGAAAAUGCUCCAAGAUGGAUCUGUUUGGGAUACUGCAUACUCUGAAAGACAUGACAUUUUAGUAAUUAUUUCAACCGAUCAAAUUAUUGGUGUGAAAUUGUCAAGCUUGGAAAUUGUUUGGCAAGUUAACAAUAGAAUAGUGAUGGAAACAGGUAGCAUGCUUCUGGUACCAAAUGAAUAUGGGGAUGGAAAUGAUAUGAUCUACAUUGGAGGUCAAAAUUAUGUUUUUAGAUUAAGAGUUUUGACAGGUCAACCAACUAGUCCAAUAUUUUCCAAUCAGGAAUAUACCAUCGUGUCAAUGAGUUAUUUGGGAAUUCCAGGAUGGAUAGCAGCUGCAAGUGUUCAAACAAUAGUUUCAGGUGGUGAUUAUUUGAGUGUUAUCAAUGUUGAAAAGAGUUUUGGAAAGCAAUCUGUUAUAUUGUUCAAUCCUUGGGUGGCACAACAUGGAAAUUGUGCAAGUCCAACAGCUAAUGUGACCAAACUAGAUUCGAAUAACUUUGUGUUUGAUAUUCGAAUUGUGUGCUCUGAUGCAAAAGCUAUUCCAAAUUUAAUUGGCAUUACUUCAAAGGCAGACAAUAUUGGAAAUAUUGAAAUUCAGAAAAAUUAUAAUUUUGCAACAAGAGGAUAUGGAUUGGCAGCUCUUGGAAAUGGAAUUUCAGUUUCCAGAAUUCAAGAUUAUGUGUUGGUUAAUAGUGCAGGGCAGGUAAAUAAGCAGAUUUCAUCAAAGAUUGAGGGUGUUGAAGAUUGUGCAAUAGCUGCUUCAACCAAUUCAAAGAUUUACUCAGUUUGCAUUAGUCGAGGAGUUUUAAGUAUGGAAUCAGUUGAUUUUUAA